AAGCAGCUGCCUCGUUCUCGUGGUCUACUCUAGCUUGGCGGAAGUAGUGCUGAUUUGCGCUAGCUCGCCUGCAGCUGAACGACUCAUCCGCUACGACAUGGCUAAUGUUUGCAUUGACACGUUCAUCUUGAAGCUGCAAGAUGUGAACGCGGUGAAGUUCGGGGAGUAUAAACUCAAGAGCGGCUUGAUGACACCCAUUUACAUUGACCUGAGGGUGCUCGUGUCGCACCCGGCGCUUUUGAACCAGGUUUCAAAGCUAAUUUACCAGAGAGCUUUGGAUCAGGGUCUCCAGUUUGACUCAUUGUGUGGUGUUCCGUACACGGCCUUGCCCAUUGCCACCAUUAUUUGUUCCACGCACGAGCUGCCUAUGCUCAUCAGGCGCAAGGAGGCCAAAGACCAUGGAACUAAACGUCUGGUGGAGGGCUCUUAUAAAGAGGGAGAUACGUGCCUCAUCAUUGAAGACACGGUGACCAGCGGCUCGAGCAUUUUGGAAACUGUUGAAGUCUUGCACAAAGAAGGACUGAAGGUGACGGACGCUAUCGUGCUGAUGGACCGAGAGCAAGGGGCGGUAGACAUGCUGGCUUCGAAGGGCAUCAGGCUGCAUCCGAUCAUCUCCAUGUUCAAGUUGCUCGACGUGCUCAAGGCUUCCGGACGCAUUGACGCGCGCACGGCCCACAGCGUGCGCCAGUUCAUCUUGGACAACAACACUUUCAGACCCAAGGAAGAAAAUGGAGAUGAGGCCCCGGCAACUAAAAAGCAAAAUGUGGAACCAAACCAGAAGCUGAGCUUCGAAGCGAGAGCCAAACUACCAAAUGUUCAUCCUCUGGUGUCAAAGCUGCUGACAGUCAUGGAUGCAAAGCAGUCCAACCUUUGUCUGUCUGCGGACGUCACGAGCAGCGAGGAGCUGCUUCAGAUCGCCGACGCGCUCGGUCCCAAGAUUUGCUUAUUAAAGACCCACGUGGAUAUAUUGAAGGACUUCACUAAGGAGUUCAGCCGGAAGCUGCAGGAUGUCGCUGAAAAGCACAACUUCCUCAUCUUUGAAGAUCGCAAGUUCGCUGACAUUGGGAAUACAGUCAUCCAUCAAUAUGAAGGUGGCUUGUACCAGAUCUCGUCAUGGGCCCACUUAGUGAACGCUCAUGCGGUUCCUGGACCCGGCGUCGUGAGCGGCCUCGCUUCUGUCGGAAGACCUCUGGGGCGAGGCUGUCUGCUCAUUGCGCAGAUGAGCUCGCGGGGCUCACUGGCGACUGGGGAGUACACCAAGGCUGUGGUGAAAAUGGCUGAGGAGCAUUCGGCCUUUGUCAUGGGCUUUAUCUGCAGUUCGAAGAUUAGUCAGCGGCCCGAAUUCAUCCACAUGACCCCUGGUGUACAAAUGCAGCCUGGAGGAGACGUUUUGGGCCAGCAAUACAACACUCCGGAGGAAGUCAUCUACAACAAGGGCUCUGAUGUCAUCAUUGUUGGACGGGGGAUCCUUGAGGCGGCAGAUAGGUUGGAGGCUGCCGAGGCUUACAGGAAGUCGGGCUGGGAGGCGUACAGGCGGCGGAUGGGGCUGAGCACCCAGUAAUACUCGACAGAAACAUUUGGACCAGGAUUUCUACUCAAGAGUUAGUUUGUAUCAGCACAUCACAGAUUAAAAUACACAUCAACGUCCUACAAUCAACAUACUGGAGGUGGUAAUUGGACAUAACUGGUAUAUUUCCUAAAAGCUGCUAUCCUAAAUGUACCUGUUUUUGAUACAUUUCAAUUUCACUACUCUUUCAAUAUUUGUUUUUGUACUGUACUUUUCUAUACAUUACCAGCAUCAUGAAUUGUUGGUUUCUUGCCAGGGACCACUUGACGGUAUACCCACCAAUACCUUCACUUAAUCAAAAAUAAUCCAAUUUGUAUAUUUGUGGUCACCUUUGAUGAUUUUUUUUUUUUAAAGAUAGCUAUAAUCAUUUACCAGUCAAAGAGAUCCAAAUAUACUCACUGUUUACUUUGAGUGAGAUGAAGGAAUUGUACUCGUAUAAAUUACUUUUACUUUUGUCUUGUCAUUUUUUCACAUUGUCAGUAAUAAACAAAAAACAGUUGAUUAAA